UCUCACACCCAUCAAUACACACAUUUGACACAUAGAUACAUACACAUUCUCUGUAUCUCUAAAAACUGUUUUUUUAUUGUUGAGAAAUUCACUUGUUUCUUGUUACAAACAUGUUGAUAUCAUCUUUAUUGUUAUUGAAACGUGGUGUAAAACCGCGGUCAAAUGCGUUGUCAUUUGGAUGUACAAAAACCGGUUUUCUUAGAUCAUCAAGCUACAGAUUUUGUCCUUGUAAUAAGUUUUCGAGUACAAUAGGAGGGAACGAAGAAAAGGUUGGAUUAGGACAAGGUGAAAAGGGUAAUAAUAAUGAUGAUAGUAUCACGUUUGUUGAAGCCAAAAAGUUGAUGAGAUUAGUGAAUGUUGAGUCAUUGAAGAUGAGGUUGAGUAAUGAAGGGAAGGAAACGAUUUGUUAUUCGGAGCUUUUGGAGGAGUGUGAGAGUAUGGGGGUGACGAAAUCGAAAGAGGAAGCUAAGGAGUUUGCUAGAGUUCUUGAUGAGGCUGGUGUUGUUCUUAUUUUUAGAGAUAAAGUUUAUUUGCAUCCUGAUAAGGUGGUGGAUCUUGUUAGAAGAGCGGUGCCACUAGCCCUGACACCCGAAGACGACCCAAGGAGGGAAGAGCUGCGGAUCCUACAAACAAAGCAGCAAGAAAUCGAUGCCAUGGCUCACAAACAAGUGCGGUGCAUCCUUUGGACAGGACUUGCGUUUUCAUUAGCUCAAAUCGGCCUCUUUUUCCGCCUAACAUUUUGGGACCUCUCAUGGGACGUUAUGGAACCAAUUGCAUUCUUCACCACUACGUCUGGCUUGAUCAUCAGUUAUGCAUACUUCUUAUUUACCUCGAGGGACCCCACAUAUCAAGAUUUGAUGAAGAGACUCUUCCUUUCGCGUAGAAGAAAGCUGAUCAAGAAGCAUAAUUUUAACGCAGAAAGGUACAUGGAAUUACAGGAGAAAUGCAAAUCACCAUUAGAUGUACAUCCUUCUGCCAAACAUCAUAUUUCAGGGUUUGAACUAGAAACACGAGAUCUCUUAGAAAGGCAUCAACAUAAAGUUUGACCUUUGGAGUUAACUGAUAGUUUUGUUUCAUGAGGAAGCUUAUAAAAGUUUUAUCUUUUAAACUAGGGUAAGGAGAAUUUAAGGAUAUAUUACUCGAAUUUACAUGCUUGUAAUUAAAGACCUGGCUAAAACGCCCAAAUCUUUUUGAUAUCAUAUGAAG